AAUGCCUCCUCAAAUCCCGUUCUUUUUUUCCCCUUCUUCUCCUUUUUCAUAUCCCCCAUUUUCCUCUCCUGUUUACCCGGAGAUCUCGCCGGACUCCGACAGCCAUUGCCGCCGGAAAAUCUACACAUUCUCUCACUACCUCCCAACAAGAGCAGAUUUGAGUUGAAGGGUAAAGAUGAGUGUAGAUGGUCAUGGUGUUAAAGAUUUUGGACUGAAGAAUCUAAGCACCCAGUGCUCCAUCUCUGAGGCUGAUGACUAUGAUCUCUCAAAGCUUCUUGAUAAGCCUAGGCUGAAUAUAGAGAGGAAGAGAUCCUUUGAUGAAAGGUCACUGAGUGAGUUGUCCAUUGGCCUUGCUAGAGGUUUGGAUAGUUAUGAACCUGCUUACUCGCCUGGACGCUCAGUGUUGGACACACCGAAUUCAUGGAGCCGUAACUCUUUUGAGCCCCAUCCGAUAGUCGCUGAGGCCUGGGAUGCUCUCCGCAGAUCAAUUGUUCUUUACAGAGGCCAACCUGUUGGGACAAUUGCUGCGGUUGACCAUGCCUCGGAAGAGGUCCUAAAUUAUGAUCAGGUUUUUGUUCGAGACUUUGUACCUAGUGCUCUGGCCUUUCUAAUGAAUGGCGAGCCAGAGAUAGUAAAAAAUUUCCUGUUGAAGACACUUCAACUUCAAGGUUCUGAAAAAAGAAUAGAUAGAUUCAAGCUGGGGGAAGGGGUUAUGCCAGCUAGUUUUAAAGUCCGUCAUGAUCCAGUUCGUAAGACGGAUACAGUAAUAGCAGAUUUUGGUGAGAGUGCAAUUGGAAGAGUAGCUCCAGUUGACUCUGGAUUUUGGUGGAUUAUUCUUCUUCGUGCGUAUACAAAAUCUACUGGUGACAUGAGUCUUGCUGAAACACCAGAGUGCCAAAAGGGGAUGAGGCUGAUAUUGACUCUGUGUUUGUCAGAAGGAUUUGAUACAUUUCCUACUUUGCUGUGUGCUGAUGGAUGCUCGAUGGUUGAUAGAAGAAUGGGAAUCUAUGGUUAUCCUAUCGAAAUUCAAGCACUAUUCUUCAUGGCGUUGAGGUCUGCAUUGGGAAUGUUAAAGCAAGACGAUGCUGAAGGGAAGGAAUGUAUUGAGAGAAUCGUAAAACGUCUUCAUGCCUUGAGUUACCACAUGAGAAGUUACUUCUGGCUUGACUUCCAACAGCUAAAUGACAUUUAUCGUUAUAAAACCGAAGAAUAUUCUCAUACUGCAGUAAAUAAGUUUAACGUCAUUCCUGAUUCGAUCCCGGACUGGGUCUUUGAUUUUAUGCCUACGCGUGGUGGUUACUUCGUAGGCAAUGUUAGUCCCGCAAUGAUGGAUUUUAGAUGGUUUGCUUUGGGUAAUUGCGUUGCCAUCUUAUCUUCUCUUGCCACUCCGGAGCAAGCUUCUGCUGUUAUGGAUCUUAUCGAGGCACGUUGGGAGGAGCUGGUUGGAGACAUGCCUAUGAAAAUAACUUUUCCCGCGCUGGAGAAUCAUGAAUGGAGAAUCGUUACUGGCUGUGAUCCGAAAAAUACCAGAUGGAGUUAUCACAAUGGAGGGUCUUGGCCAGUGCUCUUGUGGUUGCUUGUGGCGGCAUGCAUCAAGACAGGGCGGCCGCAGACUGCAAGGCGAGCUAUCGAUCUUGCUGAAAGCCGGCUGCUCAAGGAUAGCUGGCCGGAAUACUAUGAUGGGAAAUUCGGAAGGUUUAUCGGGAAGCAGGCCCGGAAGUACCAGACAUGGUCGAUUGCUGGAUAUCUGGUUGCGAAAAUGCUGCUGGAGGAUCCUUCGCACCUCGGGAUGAUCUCGCUGGAAGAGGACAAGCAAAUGCAGCCCGUGCUGAAGCGAUCGUCUUCGUGGACUUGCUGAUAGUAACACCUAGUGAUGAGGAAAUACUAAUGCUGAUUGAUUACGUAUCUCUCUGGUCUGGUUUAAAUGCAAAGACAUUUUGCUUAUAAUUUCUGUUUGUUUAAGAGCUUUGUUAUGUAGAUUUAUGGUGUGUCUAAUUUUAUGGAAUUUUGCAUUUUAAAGGAAGCUAGAAAUAAAAGAUGAGUAAGUAGAUCA